ACUUUGUGCUCACACUCAGCUGUCUGCGCCAGGCCCACAGAUUACUUUCUGACAUUGUAGCAAUAAGAAUACCACUGGCGGAUCAGCGAGAAACUCGACAACACAGGAGGAUAUCAUGACGUCCCUACGACAGAUUGACGCUCCUGAGAUAUCCAUAGAAGAAAUUGGAAGAUUGUACAAGGGUCGAAUGGCCGAUGUACUUGACGUGAUCGCUCGCCACAUCUCAGGCAGAAAAGGGGCUGCAGUCGCUAGAAGCGCCAUUCAACAAACUCGCGGGUCCACAACAGCCAAGAAGCCGUAUGCUGACCUGGAUGCUGAUGCGCUGUUUACCAGCGUCCGGCGAGCGGAGUCUCGUCUCACGAACGGUCGCGUUUUGUUUACGGGCGCGCAAACCGCCCGGAUGGAACAGAUGCAGCCCUUGAAAAGUCUCGAACGCGAGAAGGGAGAGAUGCAGGCGAAACUCGCGGAGAAGCGGACGACAGUCGUCCUACUCUCCGUCCUGGAGCGGAAAGCCAAGAUACGCAAUGAACGCUUUGCUGAGAUUGCGAGAUUACUCGACGAACUCCGUCGUAGGAGCGCCAAUAUGACGCAGACUCAUGUUGAAACGAUCCCUCAUCUAAGAGGCCCUACUAAGAGUCGAACCACGGAGCACACGCGAGACGCACUUGCGGCUUUGCAAGCUCACGCCCUGCGUGCUUCACGCCUUUCUCUGCAACCCAACGAUUCAGUACUGCCUUCACGGGUGAACAAAGCCAAGCAACGUCUCCUCUUGGCCGUCGCAAGAUCGAUGAACGCAUCUGCAGAUGAUGACGAGGUUGCGACAAUGUUUCAAGCGCUGCGCGCUGCUGCGGAGGCCCAAGCUCGACUGGCCGUGCAAUAUCACAGUCCUCUUCCCUCGGAACCGGAUGGAGCGGAAGACUUACGAGAUCUGUCACGGCGUUUGGAUGAAAAAGAAAACCAACUGCACGAUCUCGUUAAUCAGUCCGCGGCGUUGACCCUAGCAUGCGCACAAUCAUUUCAAAUGUUGACGGAAUUCGCCAAUGAGGCCCUGCCUGCUUUGCGGGACGCGUUGCACGACGAGUCCAACAGCGCUCAAGGACAUCUAGACAUACUGCGGCUUUCCGUAGUCAAUCGCAGCAGAGCAUCUGAAGUCCCUGCGCACGCAGGUGUGAGUAGUGGCCUGGUUUGUGACAGACUAUAUCUCAAUUGGCAUCGAACUUCAAUAUCGAUCCAGGCCUUCGAGGAAGCAUUGCAUUUGAUACGCCGACGAGCCGCCGAAUCGCAACAGAUUGACCUGUUCCUUGCGCAAGCCGGAACCCUUAUCGCUCCAGGACCUGAGAACCGGUAUAAAAACCAAACGCUCAUCAGUAAUCAUAUCAAGGAAGACAUGGAGGUGUCGGAGCGCGUUGGCAAGUUGCUGGAGCGCAAGAUGAAGAAGACGGAAGCGGGCCGCCUCCUUGUUGAAGACAUUGAGAGGCUAGUAGGAGAGGUUGGUAUCAUCGCUGGGUCGCACAUCUGAUAGAGGUUGUACACUUCUGUUUCCGAUUGAUCAAUAGAGUAUAUUUGGUAGAGCCUAGGGCGAAAUUCCUUGGGCUACUUGACGGUCGCUCG